CUCUGAAGAUAUAUCCAUCAAGAAUGGGCCUUGUAACUUGUAAGCUACCUAUUUGGUCAUGGUUAGAACUCGGAUCAUUUGAUGGACCUUGUGGCCAGUUAGAUUUGGUGGUCGGAUUUCGUUCUCUGCUCUGCUCUCGAGUUUCACCACUGCUCUAUUUUUCCUAGAUGACACAUGAAUGGUGAUAUGCGAUUCUGCUGCUCUUCUCAUGAUUUCACGUCCUUUCUGAAAACUGAUUCUGCUACCCGAGCUAGCAACAUCCCUUCUCAGUUCUCAUUCCAUGGCUGCAACCAUUUCGCUUUCCUUUCCUUUGGAUCCGCAGAAGCUUCACCAUCCCUCUCGUCUCCCCUCGUCUGCUGUACCUAGACAUCUCCAAUCUCGUUUCUUUACUCGGCUAUCACCCAUCUACAAAUACCCACUUACCACGUUCCAUAGAGAUGGCACGUUCAGCUUCAACUUUAAGUCUUCAUCUUCCUCUUCAUCUCAUUCUUCAACAACACUUUCAACCCCAACCUUUUCGUGCCAGCAAGACCCCUUUCGCAUCGGUCGAUUUCUGAGUAAUGAUGAGCUCGAAAAGCUCAAAUUCCUUGAAAAUUUCGUAUAUUUUAAGGAAUUGAAAUCUGGGUCUUUGUGGGUUCGGGUAAUGGGGGAGGAGGAAAUGGACAUGACCAUUGGGUUGCUUGCCGAAUCAUUUGCUGAGUCAAUGGUGUUACCCGUAGGUUAUGUUUCUGUGUUGAAGUUUUUGGUAAAGCAGUAUUUGGUUGAGAGGAAAGUUCAAAUGCCGCACAUGGCCACGCUUAUCGGAAUUUACAAAGAAACGGUGGAAGGCGGUAAAGAACAAGAAGUUCAGUUAGCAGGGACUGUGGAGGUUUGUUUUAACAAGAGAGGUGCCAAUGUUUCACCUCCAACACCCACGCCUCCCAAAGAUUCGCCUUACAUAUGUAAUAUGGCAGUAAAAGAUUCUCUGAGGAGGAGGGGCAUUGGCUGGCAUCUUCUAAAGGCAAGUGAGGAGCUAAUUUCUCAGAUGAGUUCCUCAAGAGAAGUUUAUUUACACUGUAGAAUGAUAGAUGCAGCUCCCCUUAACAUGUAUAAAAAAGCGGAUUACAAAAUUGUAAAGACGGAUAGUGUAUUAGUUCUGCUGAUGUUGCAGAGACGCAAGUACCUGAUGCGCAAGAAACUCCCUCUCUUAAGUAACCCUCCAAAGUUAGACGUUCCAGAAUCUGAUACAGAAAAGUCUUCUGCAUGAAUACAGGCAAAGAAGUGGUAGCAAUGAUGGUCAUGGGGGUUUGAAUUAUGACUAGGGAUCAAAUCAGUGGUUCAGGGAUCCCCAUUUGUAUCCGCCUAUCUAUAGGGCUGAGAAACAUUGUGUUGCAGCUCUUUUACACAUUCUGCCAUAGAAGGUCUCUCACUACUGUCUGUGCGGAUACAUCGUGAUGCAAGAUUGGCAAACAUGGCUAUGGACUCCAAGGUAUAAGAAUUUCGUGCCAUUUCUGGGUCUAUCACCCUGCGGAGCUUCUUGCGGUCAUUCAGUUUCCGUUAUGCAUGUAUUCAUAUACUAGGAACCGGUGCUUCCCAUCAGCACAAUAGCCUAUUAGAGAAACAAGAUUUGGGUGGUCAAGUCUACUCAAGAUGUCAACUUCAACACGGAACUCACGCUCUCCCUCUGCUUCUUUAAUUGCCGGCAGAUCCAUUUUCUUGAUUGCUACAACCUUUAGAGGAAGACAAUGGCAUAUUAGCAUGUCUUCGUAUGUCAGUACAAUUUUUUGGAACUUGUAUGCUGACCAUAUUACCUCUCCUGAACGCAAAGUGCCCCUGUACACUCUGCCAAAUCCUCCUUUGCCAAGCAGAUUAUCACAGAAUGAACCUGUUGCCUCUUCCAUCUCCUUGAGCGUGUAGACAGCCGACGCAUGCUGCCUUUUUGGGGGCCGCGUUGCUUGAUCUUCAAGUUGCCAAAACUCCAGAGGUUUGUAAAUCCCUGGAAUGAGUGUCUAGAUGUUAAGUUUUCUGUGCCAUGAAACGACACUCCUGGCACUGCGUAGCAUGAGAAAGAGAGUAGAAGGGAGGAGAAAUCAGAACAUACAGGGGUCAGUAUGGUCUUGAGACUUGCUUCUGUGGCGCUUGCUCCAGGCUGAGGCCAAUCCAAAUGGCAUGAUGACUCUACCUUCGGUGUUUCUUUCUCUGUUCAAGAAUCAGACUUGCCGGUUCUACCAAAUGAAACAGAUAAUUGGAUGGAGAUGCUUAAUCCCACAACAUCCUCAUUGAUUCAAGUAAGUCGCUCUGGAAUGUUUUAUGUGGGUUUUAGAGGGUAAUCCCAUGGAAUUUGUAUGGUAAGGGGAAUAAAUAAAGGAGUAUAUGGAGCAAGUGGAGUUGGAUUAGAAUAACACACAACAACAAAUCUCACAACAACCUGGUAUAUUUUCUGGGACAGAACAAGCACAGGGAGAAAGAGAGAGAAACAGAGAUAUGUGCUUUAAGGAAAAGAGAAGGUCGAGAAAGGAAAAGUAGGUACGGCUUGCUUACCUAUAGGUGGUGGGAAGAAGUGGUGGUGGGGUGUGCUUGCUUAUAGUAUGAAAAGGAAAUGGAAACUGCAAUUUCAUUCUCCAUUAUCAUCACUCAUUACGUUUUACCGUUUACAAGAAAAUUGAAAGUGAGAUGCGAGUUGGGAGGGCCUUUUCAUUCCUUCUCUUCACUGCAGAAGAAUAUAUAUAUAUAUAUAUAUAUGAACCUGUUUCUUUGUUGUCUUUCUUCUUGUAUGGUGUAACUGUCAAGUGUUAUCA